AUGGAGAACAACAACGAUUCUACUCCAGUGCCUCCAGUGACAAGCAGGGAGGUGAAUGGGGUCCGAUGGGCGACUAGUGGCCAAACUGACGAUGAUGUGAGGAGGAUGGCGGAGGCCGCCUUCCCCUUGACGGGGGUUUAUAAGGAGUUCUCCUACUGGAACUGCUAUGAGGUGAAUGGAAGGCCUGACCCUGUGGUGAAGGGGCUUGUUUUUGACCUCCUCCAGAGUAUGCGGGCCGAUUUGGCUAGCGUACGUAGAGAGGCGGGAGAUGCCGGGGACUCAGAUGCGGCAGAUUUGGGGUCCCAGGGAAGCAGUGGUUCGCAAACACCAUUUGAGGCAUCUAACCCUAGAAAUGAUGUUCAAGAAUCUGCCAGCGUAGUUCAGCGUGGGAUAAACUACCAAAGGCCUACUGUAGAGCAAGAUGCUCAAAAGUCAACUGAUCUAAAGGAAAUUUUAUUGGGUGGGAAUGAGAAUGCGGGAGAGCAAGACCUCCCUUGCACCAACAUAAUUUCGGGCGCGGUACAAUUUGAUAUGGAGUACGCGCAAUGGCUGGAGGUGCACCAUUGCCUGACGGUGGAACUGAGGUACCGGCCAGAGAACGAGCUAGGUAACGUCAUCGACAACUGGUUGGCCCACUACGACCAGAUCGUGAGCCUCAAGAGCAAGGCCGUCAAGGACGACGUCUUCCACGUCUUCUCCGGAAUGUGGAAGGCACCGGCAGAGCGGUGCUUUAUGUGGAUGGGCGGUUUCCGGCCGUCAGUGGUCAUCAAGAUAGCGCUGGAUGAGAUGGAGGGCUUGACGGAGCAGCAACGGGUGGCGCUUUGUGGAUUGCAGCGAUCGGCCGAAGAAGAUGAAGAGGCGAUUACUGAUGGGUUCGAGACAUUGGAUCGAUCUCUGACCAAAACCAUCGUCGGUGGCACUCUCACUAUGCCACCAUAUCUGAACGAAUACAUGACACAAAUGUCUAUUGCCACUAAACAAGUCUCUGCUCUCCAAGGCGUUGUCACACGGGUUGAUAUCUUGAGGCAGCAAACCCUUCGCCACCUGCCUCUGCAUCUGACGAACCGCCAAGCUGCUCAGUGUUUUCUGGUCAUCGACGAGUACUUCAACCGUCUCCGCUCCCUCAGCACCCUCUGGCUCAACCGCACCCGCCACGACUAA